AAAUACCGAAAUUAUUGCUACAUUAUAAUUACAAUAGUCAAUAACUGUGUUAAUACAUAAUAAUGGAUACAAAUAGCCCUCCACCACGUGCUGUCAGCAGUCAAGGGCAAGCAGGUACUGCCGGAGUUAGGGAGGUAGAUUCGCCGUUUCGGGAUUCUCAGGAGACGAAGCAAAGCUCAUCAAGACCUCCUUCAAGACCCUCUUCGGUUCUGCCCCAUAUAUUGGCUUCUUUUGUUAAUAGUCCUACAGCAUCGAGCAGUAAAAAGGCCAGUCCUGACAGAAGAGAAGAAUCCUUAGGGUGUAAACGCAGUCCAACCUUAAAAUCACCCUUAGCACACUCUGAUAGAUGUCCCUCAACUCCUAUCUGUGGCGUGCCACCUUUCUCACCUCAAUCGGAUCGUUCGUCUUGCGGCUCGACAUCCGCAACUGCGCCCCAACAGUUUUGUCUACGUUGGAACAACUACCAAAGUAACCUUACCAGUGUCUUUGAUCAGCUGCUGCAGAAUGAAUCUUUUGUGGAUGUCACUUUGGCCUGUGAUGGACGUUCCAUUAAAGCUCAUAAAAUGGUGCUGUCGGCCUGUUCUCCCUACUUCCAGACGCUCUUCUCCACCACACCCUGUCAACAUCCCAUAGUCAUAAUGCGUGACGUCAACUGGUUCGAGCUUAAAUCCAUAGUCGAUUUUAUGUACAAGGGAGAGAUAAAUGUAAGUCAAGAGCAAAUUGGCCCCUUGCUACGAAUAGCCGAAAUGUUAAAAGUCCGAGGCUUAGCCGAUGUCAGCAAUAUCGCUGGUACCACCCAUCUUAGUACACAGCAAGAUCAGUCUAACGAAAAGGAUUUGUACUCCUCACAAACCAUAAUGGAGUCACCGAAAAGACAUGAAUUACUCACAUCCCCCUCAACGAAAAGACCUCCGAGCCAAUCGCACGAUUCUGAUAACGAACGAUCCGAACACGACAGAGACAUUUGCUCGUUGACAGAAACGGAGCGAAAAAGUCGUUUGGAGCAAUCUGAUUGGGACAUAACGGGUUCAGUAAAAACCUCUGAGAGUAGUAGUUUAGAAUUGCGCUUAUCGCCCUUGCAGCACCAACAACAUUUACUGGGAAGAAAUGUUCGAAAACGUAGAUGGCCGUCCGCUGAUGCAAUAUUUAAUCCGCCCGAAAGUCCACUAAGUAGUUUAAUUGCCGCCGAGAGAGCCGAACAGGAAAGAGAACGAGAAAGAACGCGAGAACGUGAAAAGUCGCGAGAAGUAACACUUUUCACACCACCAAUUCCCGUUACAACUUGUUCUUCCGGCGCCACCUCAAGUCUCAAUAGUGGCAUGAGUACAACCGUACUGGAUUCCAGAGUACUUAUGGAUAUAACAUCGCCAUCACCAACGCCCACACCAAAUCUACUACCACCUGCAAGGACUCCGUCGGGAAUGUUGACGCCAUCACCUCAUUUACAGAUCUCACAUCAUCAUUCUCAUCAGCCACUUCAGUCUCAUCGCUCAUCACCUGCCUCGUCUGUUACUUCAACGCACCCGUCCAGCAUUUUAAGUAGACCUUUAACACCUUCCCCAGCCAAUGUGGGUCAUGCUGGUACCGGCAGCAGCCGACUGGAGGGCAGUCAAAUGUCUGGAGACUCCCAUCGAUUUCCUCUAGGUCCCGCUCAAGCUGCAGCUAUGGCGGCGGCAGCUUCACAAAUGGAUUUAGGUAAUACAAAUACCAUGGGUAUGAGACCACAUUCCUCCUCAGGUCCUCCUAUGGUCUCAGUGCCGGGUCAUCAUACAACAUCGCUGGUGGAAGAUCUAGAAAUAAAACCAGGAAUAGCGGAAAUGAUACGAGAAGAAGAAAGGGCGAAAAUGUUGGAAAAUUCGCAUGCCUGGAUGGGAGCAUCUAGUUCAUCAAUAGCAGCAGACAGUUAUCAGUAUCAAUUGCAGUCCAUGUGGCAGAAAUGUUGGAAUACAAAUCAAAGUUUAAUGCAUCAUUUGCGAUUUCGAGAACGUGGUCCUUUGAAGUCAUGGCGUCCCGAGACAAUGGCAGAAGCUAUUUUUAGUGUGCUGAAAGAGGGUUUGUCACUUUCGCAGGCAGCACGAAAGUAUGAUAUUCCUUAUCCCACAUUUGUGUUAUAUGCCAACCGGGUGCACAAUAUGCUGGGACCAUCUAUUGAUGGAGGCCCCGAUUUGAGGCCGAAAGGCAGAGGUCGGCCGCAACGCAUUCUGCUGGGUAUCUGGCCGGAUGAGCAUAUCAAGGGUGUCAUAAAAACUGUUGUCUUCCGCGAUGCCAAAGAUCUGAAGGAUGAAGGUCUGGGUCACAUGCCCUAUGGACGCCAUUCGGAGGGACCAUUAAGUUAUUCUGGAGUUGCUGGACAAUGUCCUAAUGGAAUGCCAGGUGCCACCGGCGACCAGAUGUCGCAAGAAGCCACAGCUGCAGCAGUGGCGGCAGUUGCUCAUAAUAUACGUCAGCAAAUGCAAAUGGCGGCAGCAGCUCAACAACAACAACAGCAGCUUGGCGAGGGCCAUGGUGGGCCGAAUCUGUUUAAUCUUCCGCCUCAUAUGGCUAGCGGUGGUCCCAUGACGGGACCGCCUGGCUCAGGAGGAGUGCCUCUACCUAAAGCAAGUAUUUCUCCGGCACUAAGCUCUUCAUCGAAUACGGCUGGCAUUAGCUCAAUGAUGGGGCCACGACAUGUUCCUUCACCUUGUGGACCCAAUUUGCCGGGUAUGCCCCAACUGCCGCCUGGCAUGGCUGUGGCUUUGCACAUGGCAGGCAGUGGUCCGGGUGGUCGUUGUGAUCCCAGUAGUGUUUUAAGUCAACAGCAACAACAUCAACUCCAACAUUUGCAUUUACAGCAGCAACAUGCUCUUCAUCAACAACAACAGCAGCAGCAGCAACAACAACAACAGCAAAAGCAUCAACAGCAACACCAAAUGACAUUUGGGCCACACACCUCAUCACUGAGCCACUCCUCGAUUGGCGGCACCCCCUCACACACGAUGGUUCAUCAAUCACUGCAAAAAACAACGACGGCUUCCUCAACAAAACCACACUCUUCCACAUCAUCGCCGUCCAGACGCAACAGUCCCCACAGUCUUACGCCAUUACAUUCCCCCCUAACCGAACUGGGUUUAGAAAUGAGUUUCAAACCAUCCCGCCCAUUUUCACCCUCCCGUCUAUUUUCCGAUGAUAUUUCCGAUAUUGUUGGUGUUGCUGCCUCACCCCUGCGAUCACCCUCAACAUCGUCGCAUCCAUCAUCAUCAGUAGCAGUUACGACAGCAACGAUAACCACCACUAGCAGUAUUAAUACAGCCACCGUCAGAGCAUCUUCCUUAGAGCCAUCAGCAUCCGCUACAUCACAAAUGCAACAAGCAACAGGAGCAGGAUUAGGAUCAGGAGCUAUUGAUAGUACAGCAUCCGCAUCAAGCAACAUAAGUUCCACGGGGAUUAAACUCGAACCCAUUACGACAACUAACGAUUAA